UGAUAGUAGAUAUGGUUGAAUGAUUUUGUUUUGAAUGCAAAGCUAGUGUAACUGUUGUUUGUUUAUAACACUAUUACAUCAUUCGAUAUUUCCUUCGUUUCGAUGUGAAUGGUGAUCACAACUCACAUGCAUUAAAUUAGUCAUCUUUUUACGUAGCUGUAAUUAGCCAUCGUUACAUGAAUGUAUAAACCCGACUACUUUGCCCCCCUCCCCGUAAACCUUUAAAAAUUGUAAAAAUUAUAAGUGUCUUAAUUUUUUUUAACUUUUCUGACUACUUCAUCUUUAAUUAAAUGUUAUCCUUGUAAAAUUAUUUUAUUCUUAUGACCACUUCCGCCUUAGUUACAAAUUAUAAUUUUCCAAAUCGUUUUAUUUUCUUUGACAAUCUAUCACGUAAUCAACCUGUGAACACGCUUAUUACCUAAUUACUCUUCAUUUUUCGAAAAACUAUGCAUUAUGCAAUCCACAUGUUUUAACCAUUUCUACCUUUUAAUUGUGUGUAUUAAUUUUCUUCGUGAAUUAUCACCCCAUUGACAUUUUGACACUGACUUAUUAUUGGUAACAGGCAUACCAGUGCCACUUGAUUGGCAAAUUGUUGUGUAUGGUAAUAAAAAUGCUAUGAAUAUGUUAGAGUAGAGCGAGAGAUGAGGAUCUAAUUGAAAAGUAAAUAUUUCUUCGCUGAAUCUUUCUGGUAACUGUAAUCCACUUGUUCAGCUGCUCACAUGCACUGACUAAUACUAAUUAGCGACUGCGAUUAUGACAAAUAGUCAUCAUUGCAUAUAAAUACGAUUGUACAACUAAGGGGAAAGGGGAAUUCCUCUAAAAGAGCCUCUUCGAUGAACUACUUGUCCUGUGUUUUAUUAAUGUUUGAGGUGUGUUGAGGGGUGGGAUUUGAGUGAAGAGGAAAUUUCCCAUGACUUAAUCCUUAGUUAUGGUAUUUUGUUUUCAUUGUUUCUCCAUUAUGUUAGUUACAAUGCCGAUUGUCGUUGGAAUGUUAACACGACAAUACUGUAAUGUUGGAAAAGUGCAGACUUUUAAUAGAGCAAAACAAUAAGCGCGAUUGUGAAACAUUUAUUUGCUCCCUGUUCUUCUUUAUUGCUCCCCUUUAGUCUUCCUUGAUACACUCAGUAAAAGACAAUGUCAUAUAACAGAGGGUAAUAAUGUUUGUCAGUAGGGCGAGUAGUGUUCCACUAAGUCAGCUCGUUAUUACUAUAGUCGACAGACACAUGAACUUAUAUGAGAAAUGGUCUGAAUCCAUAUUGUCUGACUCUCAACACGCUCUUUAUUCUCAACUCUCCCUCACGUUGAAUCUCCCCAGUCAGGAGGUACCCAAAUCAUGUCCUGGUAUGAAUGUUAAAUUCAUACCUAUUGUAAUUACCUCUCUCGUUGUCCCUCCUUGACUAUAUAUAUGAAUACAUGCUUUUGACUAUAUGCCUAUAUGCCUUUUACUGGACAAGCUUUCCGAGACAUAAACCCAGUCCUGACCUGUUAACCAGUUGAAUUCUUGUUUCUCUAACAGAACGCAGUAUACUGAUUGUUAUUCCGGUGAUUCAUUUACAAACAUAUCUAAAUUCCCUCUCAAUUUUCAUUCAUACACAUGCCAUUACCUUCUGCAGAGUCACCGUCACAACUAGAAAGUUCAAAUGCGCCAGCAAAUUCCUCUAAUUUAUGCAUGAUAGUUGAUAUGCCAUCUUCAAAAGGCGCUACCAAACCAUCUUCAUCCAACAUUCCACCUACGUUUAAUAUAGCUAACAUUCUAUCACCUGAAACUCAGACAGAAACAUCAAGAAGUAGACAGAAUGGAGACGAUACUGAAAUCAACCAACCAAUUUUAAAUAAUCGUGAAUCAACCCCGGUGGAAGCACAAAACAUUACUCCGACGGUUUCUGAAGCUGACAGUAAUCAUGUAAAUAAUAAUAACUAUAAUAACAGUGAUUCUGAUAUGUCUUUGGUGGUGUUAAGUUCUGAGACAUCAAGUAAUGAAACAUCAUUUGACACUACAAUACAAAUUGAUGAUUCAGUAACGUCAGACGGUGAGAGAAAAAAUGAAUCAAAUCAGAAUGUAUCAGUAAUCCCUAGUCACAGUAGAGACAGAACAGCUGGCGAUUCAAGCGAUACGCAAAUCGCCAUGGAUGCUUUGAUGGAUGCUCUUAAAUAUCACGACGCCCAAGUAAAACUUCAGCAAGCUGAAAAAGCUAUUACCGAUUUAUUAAUGAAGUUUGCUGAACCACAGGACUGUUCUCCACUUUUUGAUAUGCUUGCAAAUAGCUCUAUACUUGAUAAGACGGACAGUGACUCAAACGAAGCAAACUACUCCAAUGAUAUUGUUUCUCCAUCGUCUGUAUUGCCCAUUUUGAAUCUAUUGAAAAGUCAGUCAGAUCCUCAAAGAUCUUCAGAUUUGAAUGAAUCAAGCUCUUAUGGAAAGCAAUUAUAUGAUCUGUAUAGCCCAUGUGUAUUUGAUAUUCUAAGGAUUAAACUUAAGUUAUACAUUUUAAAUAAGAUGCGGCUCAGGCAAUCUAAAGAAAAUGGCACAUUUAGUAUUACUUCAACGUCUCAAUCCAUUAUUACAACCACCACCGUUACUGCUAAUACAAAUUCCAGUUAUAGAGAUGCUUCCAGUCCUACUAAAUAUUCGUCGCAUAGUCCGGUGACAAACAAUCAAAAUAACCCAGAAAAUGCAUUUAUAACCUAUUCAAAUAAUGUACAGAAUACCAUUGAAAUCCAGGCAAAUAAAAGAGACUCUAGUUGCCAUUCUGUUGAACAGUCAAAACCUCCUGAAUCAAUAAUAAAUGACGAGGAAAGGAUGGUGACGCGUUUACAGUCGAACAACGGAGAUGUUGACGCUGAUCAAUUUACAAAUUCCGUUUACACAAAUCCGUACCAUUGUCCACUUUCCCUACUAUCUCUUGUGUGUGAAUUGGAGCAAUAUAGAGAAGGGAAACACAGACAAGGAUCCGUAAUGUCAUCUGAGCGGAAUGAUUCAGCUACUGAUAAUACAACUGAAACAACUCCUUCAUCUGUCAUCCCAAGAGAUGAUUGUUCAUCAUCAGGAGGAACAAACAAUCCACUAUCGACACCAGAAAUUCGACGAAAUGAGCUUGACUUGUCAGAUCUGUCAGAUGGAACAAGAGUAUUGGUUAUAAAAGAUACUUAUCUGCUUCCUGGAACCAUAUAUAUGGAAGGAGACCAUUCUCCAUUAGCUAUUCAAACUAGCCUGUCUAGUGAUUGCCUACGUGAUCAAGUAUUCCGUAUACAUUUGGACAGUGAGAAGUGUAAUCGCUCAACUGGCCUACGUGUUGCUACUGAUAAUCAUUUCACAACAUCUAGUCAUAGUAAUAACACCAAUGGGACGUCAUCACGUCGACAGUCGUCAUCAUUGUCAUCACCGAGUGGUUGUUUACAGACGCCAUCUACCACCAGCAAUACGAAUUGUGGAAACACAUUAUCUGGUUCAAACAGAAGACGCCAAAUGGACCUAUUACUCUAUGGAUGGCAAGUUGUACAACAAGCUGUCCCAGAGGUUUUCCCUGCUUCAAUUGAUCAUGUCCCGCCGGGAACACGUGUGUGUGCUGCGUGGAGUGAUAAGUUGGGAGUCAACCUUUAUCCUGGAACAGUCGCUAAAGCUGAUUCACCUGAAGAUGUAAAUCGUGACCUUGUUCCGGUGGAUUUUGAUGAUGGUGAUCAUCGAGAAGUCCCCGUAUCUGGUCUACGUAUUCUACCAGACUAUUUUACAAAUUUAUGUGAAUUAGCUAAUGUAACCGGUGGUGAACCUAACAUAAUGAAUGGUCUGAUCUCUUCAAAUUCAGUGAAUAGUGUUAGUAAUGCAUUUGUGUCACGAAUGCGCCGUCAUAGCGGUGUGGAUCGUACCAUUCGAAGAUUAUCAAACCAUUCUUGGUCACUGUCAGAAACUCCGAUUUCAUUGUGUUCUUCUCAAGCAAGUACAACCUCUGUCGCGAAUUCUACAUCCAGUUUACUGGAGGAUAAUUCAUACAAUCCUAAUCCGCGUGUCUCACGUACUAAAAGUUUUGAAAUUUGUGGAUUUUCAAAUUCUUCAGACAUAACAAUGGGAUACAGUGUUGAUUCCGGUGAAUCAAUUUCAGAUCCUAUAUGCAUUCCAAGGGCGGUGAAAACGCCAAUAGUCAGUGCUCCAUGGAGCAUUCUUGAGAAGUAUAAACAUCGUAAACGUAGAUGCACAUAUUGCCGAUCAAUUAUUCGUAACGUGGAUGGUUUGGUUGUUGAACUCGGUGACUGUGUGCAGCUGCGUUCUGAUGGUGACGAGUUAUACCUUGGAAAAGUUCGGGAGAUUCGUUAUAACGGUGAAAAACACUCACCGACAGUGGUGACUUCAUGGUAUUAUGAACCACGUGAAGCUGGAGAAGAUGGUCAAUUAGUUCAGCAUGUUAAAGGUGCCGUAUUCGCGACUGAACAUGAAGAUGAAAACGGAGCGGAAUGCAUUAUACGUCUUGUGAAAAUGGCUAAGUCAUAUGGCGAAUUUCUGCAAUCAUGUGGUAGGAGGCGAGACGACCUUAAAAUCCUUUCCACUGAUAAAGUAAGUUUCAUAUACACACACACAUACAUACAUGCACACAUGCAUACAUGCAUACACAGUAUAUUUCUCAUGUGUAGAAAUUUCUGAGUGUAAUGUCAUAACGAGAAGACUGUGUACAUACUCUUAUUAAAUGAAUUAUUAGCACUCUUUUAAGAAUACGUCAGCGACCAAAGAGUAGACAUAUUGUUCCCACUGGAUGGAACAUCAUCAGUUUGAAGGUGUUAGUGUCAAGGUUUAUCUGCAUCAUCGACUGACGAGAAUAUCAACCACUUUGCCUAGUAAACGAGUGAUAAACAGUCUAGUCUAGUAUAGUUUAGUAUGCCACCUUUACCACAUUCUGCUGAUAUGUGAGCGUGAAUAAUAAUAAUAAUAACGGAAAAAUUUCAGACAACUUAUGAUACUGCGACCGAAGUGAUAUUGCAAAUCAAUUCAACUCAGUGUAAAUAUUUUCGGAUAUAUGUAUAAAAAUGUAUAGUUGUACAGCCAAUAAGUACACAUGAACAGAUUGUCAUGUGUCUUUAACAGAAACUACAAGUCAUGGAUAUUCUAAAGUCUUAAUGCCUACUGGGGAGUACAUUGGACCAGACAGGACACUGUGUCUAUUACUCUUAAAUAGUAGACUGUUUGUUCACGUAGUAGUGACGAGAUAUGCGGAUGUCGUCUAAGCGUGUUAUCAGACUAGUUGUAAGCGCAAUAUCGCUUGAAAUUAAGUCACGCGUAGAUAAAGGCUAUCCCGGUCCAGAACAAACAAGAAGCCGGUCACUGUUUCUACGGUACUAUUAAUAAACAAAUCAAUAAUUAUAUAUAUAACAAACCUUAACGGUUUCAAGAGUACAAAGCACAACGCUUAACGGAAAGCAAGCUACCGCUAUCAGAGCGGAAUAACGUUAAAGCCAAAAUUGCGAACUAGCCGGAAUCAGACACGACCGUUCAGGUAAGCAGUCAGUAGAAGAAUGAACCCAAGUAAGAGAUAGACAGAGCAUAGGCACAAAGAUAGAAUUUAAUUGGCUACUUAACCAGGUAGGCUGAUACAGAUGAAGAUCAAUAAAUAAGAUAAACUCGACAGAAUAAUACAAAGUAAGACAUGGGUCAGCAAAAUAACAGUUCACAAAAAUACUCUGAUUGGGUCAUGAGUUCAACUGUCUGACUAAACGGAUCGAAGUAAAAACGCACAGUUCAUUAAACAAGGGGAGAUAGACACGUUAGGCAUGGAUAAUUGGGUUGCAACAACGUUAGGCUGAUCCGGGACAGGUUGACUUGAUUCAAGGAUGAGAAUUGAAUUGAUCUUACACUAGGUUUCGCACUUAAGCUCCUUGAUAUUUAUAUAUGUGUGAAUAUCUUCAGCCAUAGAAUUCACCUUGGUUCGUUUCAUUUUAGGUACCUUCAACAUCCAUAAAAGAUUAUUUACAAUGUCUACAAUCGAUUCAACCUGUUGACUUGGAUGAGACUAUCCUAUCAGAUAAUGGUGAUUAUGAUGGUAGUCCUAGAGACGUCUUCGAUUACUUCAUUGCUGGAAAAUAUGAUCCAGUAUUGCGACAAGUGACUUCCUGGGAUAUCCUAUUGGCAAGCGAGUUGAAUCUCAAAUUACACAAAAAGCGAUCAAACUCAAAUCACACUGUCUGAAAAUGACUAUCCCUAUCACUGCUAUAAUAGUAAUAAUAAUAACUAAUUAUUUAUUUUAUAAACAGUUAGUUUCUGUUGCAUUUCUGUUCCUUUUUUUGUUUAUUUGUUUCUCUAUUUUUCUUUGUGUUAGUAAGGUGAACUCACUUUGCGCAGAUUUUGCGGGCAUUUUUGUGUAUUUGAUUUUGCC